AUGGUUUUAUACACUUCCCCAUUUCCAAACGGCUUUCUGUCAGCACUGCACUCUUUCUCCUGGGGCUUGAUCUUCCCAUGUUAUUGGCUUGGAGACAGGCUUAUAGCCUCCUUUGUGCCUACCACCUAUGAGAAGCGCCAAAGGGGAGAUGAUCCAUGCUACUUCCACGCUCUGUGCAUCAUCAUCACCACUCCAAUUUACCUGGCGCUGCUGGUGGUCUCUCUGCCUUUUGCCCUGAUUGGCUUCCUGCUCUGGUCCCCUCUCCAGUCUGCUAGGCGACCGUACGUCUACUCUAGGCUGCAAGACAAGAGCCAGAUCCAUGGAAGCACGUUGCUCACGGAGUGGAAGGCCGCCAGCAAUGGGAAAAGCUUCUGCUUUGGCAGCGCCAAUGUCUGCCUGCUCCCAGACUCCUUGGCAAGAUUGAACAAUGUUUUCAACACACAGGCCCGUGCUAAGGAGGUCGGGCGACGGAUACGGAAUGGGGCUAGCAGGCCACAGAUCAAAAUCUACAUCGAUUCCCCCACAAACACGUCCAUCAGCGCAGCAAGCUUCAGCAGCCUGGUCUCUCCUCAGGGUGGAGAUAGUAAUAACCGCGCAGUCAAUGUGGGCAUCAAGAGGACAACCUCGAUGGAGUACAAAGGGGACAACUCCGGCUUGAACAACAGCGAAGAUGGUAGAGAUGGCAAAGCUGGAGGAGAUACCAAUGAGGGCGAAGAUGGCAACACGUGCAUUGUGCGCAUAGGUGGAGAGGACAAUGGGCACAUUUCAGACCUGGAAGCGGAUGGCACUGGUGGCCAAGUCAAUAACAGCAAGGGGCCAGCAGACCGAUCACCAGAAUCUGAAGCCGAGAGCCUGAAAGGCCAGACACCGAACCAUAAGCAGAAAGAGGGGGAUUCUGGGAGCCUAGAUAGCUACACUGCCUCGCGAGAGUCCCUAGUGAAGGUGCGUGCCGCAGACGGCCCUGUGGACCAGAGCACUGUCAACAGCAAGCUCCUUUACAAGGCCUCACUGAUGAAGAAGACCUCCUUGAGAAAAAAGAGAAACACAGAUGAGCUCUUUGACCACGAGAUCUCCGCUUUCUUCCCUGCCAAUUUGGACUUCCUGUGCUUGCAGGAAGUGUUUGACAAAAGGGCAGCUGAGAAAUUGAAAGAGGAGCUCCACCAUUACUUUGAAUACAUUCUGUACGAUGUUGGGGUCUACAGCUGCCACGGCUGCUGUACCUUUAAGUUUGUGAACAGUGGCCUGCUUUUUGCCAGCCGCUAUCCAGUUAUGGAUGCUGCUUAUCACUGUUAUCCCAAUGGAAAAGGAACAGACGCCUUGUCUUCUAAGGGGGCCCUGUUUCUCAAGGUAGGUCUCUUUCUAUAUAAACUGAUUCAUGGACCUUCUGGUCUUCAAGCAGGACAAGUACAUAUGUGUGUGUGUACUUUGCAUGUCUGGGCCACUAUGCAAAUGCAAAAUUUGUGGUGUGCAAUAAAGAACCCCCUACUUUGUUGGAACAUGGGAAGCUGCCUUAUACUGAGUCAGACCAUUGGGCCAUCUAACACAGCAUCAAAAUGAAUGGGACCUGUCCCAAGUUCUGGGAGUGGCCCUUAUCCAUUUUGAUAUGGCCUGCAAAUGAGAACAUCCUUAUGGGCCAUGAUUUUGGAUCUCCUCUUCUCUAGCUCUUUUAUAUCAUUUCUUUGCCAUUUUGUGUGCAAAGAACUUUACUAGUCCUUAGCUCAGUGAACAGCCCUGGGGAGGUGGGUUGUGGUGGCUCCCACAUGGAGAGCCGAGUGUUCCUUAUGUAACCCUUGCCAAGAUGCUUGCCAGAAUUGCCUUGCUAAUUGGCAACCAUAAUCAUUUUGCUUUUAUUAUCUGCUCUUUUUGCAUUUCAUUGGCCACUAAACUCACUCCCUUACAUCCCCAGCAACCACACAGACAGAUAGAUGCUUGCUAACUGAGGAUGACACGCCAUGCAUCUCAUGAAGUGGAAACUUCCAUUGUGACCUUUUUUAUUUUUUAUUUGGAUUUUUAAUACAGAGACAAAACACACACACAUCCCACCCACCCCUUCCCUCCACCCCCAGUUGUACAAGUUUCAUACAAAUCUCGACUUAUAACUAAAUACCUGGUGACUCACCCCUUCCACCCUUUUUCUGGUUUCUUUGUUUAUCUAUUAAAUCACGUAUUCCAAAUUUUUAAUCUUUGAAUUUCUUCCUUUGUUAAAUUCUAUUAACUCCUAUUCUGCUGGAUUAACUCAAGACCUGCUAGGUUACUUCCUUGUAUAUACUGGUUCUUAAAAUAUCCAAUAAACAUUUCCCAAUCCUCCUUGUAUUCUUUAUCUUCCUCUUCUCUUACCCUAUUCGUUAUGCCUGCCAAUUCAGCAUAUUCAAGCAUUUUAAACUGCCACUCUUCCUUGGUGGGUACCGUAUUCGUUCUCCACCUUUGUGCCAAUAAGAUUCUAGCCUCAGUGGUGGCAUAUAAUAAAUUUUUGUUUUUUGUUUUUUAGGGACUUCUGUUGUUACCAUUCCCAAAAGGAAUGUCUUGGACUUUUUUGGGAAGGUUUUUUUUAAAAAAAUAUCUUUUUAAAUUCAUUGUAAAUUAAUUCUCAGAAUUCCCUGAUUACUUUACAGGACCACCACAUGUGGAAAAAGGGUCCCCCUAACUUCAUUGCAUUUUCAGCAUUUACCUUUUUCUUUUUAAAAACAUUUUCACUAGUUUGGUAGGUGUUAAAUACCAUCUGUGGGUCAUUUUCAUCAUAUUUUCCUUUAACGUAUAACACGCCAUAAAAAUGAUAUUUACUGUUCAUAAAUUCUUUAAAUUUCUUAUAAUAUCCUGCUGACUGACCAUCUGGCCCUGGGGAUUUUCCUGUCUUAAUUUGACUUAGUGCCCUUUGCAUUUCCAUCAUUGAUAUUGGAGUAUUUAAUAUCUUUGCAUUUUCUUCUGAUAUUUGUCCAAUUUACAUUCUUCCAAAUACUCCGAUAUCAAUUCUGCAUUUUCUUGCUCCUUCUUACAAAAAUCUAUGUAGAAAUUAACAAAUUUGUUUCUUAUCUCUUUUUGAUUGAUUAUGGAGGUUCCAUUUUUAGCGGACUAUGGAUUAUCCUUUUUUUUCUUUUUCUUCUUCAGUUGCCAGGCCAAUAACUUCCCUGGUUUAUUUUGCAAAUUCAAAUCUUUUUUGUUUCAUCGCUUUAAUUUUCCUUUCUAUAUCUUAGUUAAUUAGCACAGAGUAUUGUGCUUGUAAUAUUUAAUUCCUUGUAAUAGGGUGGUGCUGUGGUCAAACCACAGAGCCUAGGGCUUGCCGAUCAGAAGGUCAGCAGUUCGAAUCCAUGCGAUGGGUUGAGCUCCCGUUGCUUGGUCCCUGCUCCUGUCAACCUAGCAGUUCAAAAGCACAAAGUGUAAGUAGAUAAAUUGGUACCACUCUGGCGGGAAGGUAAAUGGCGUUUCCGUGCACUGCUCUGGUUUGCUAGAAGCGGCUUAGUCAUGCUGGCCACAUGACCUGGAAGCUGUCUGCAGACAAACAUCGGCUCCCUCGGCCAUUAAAGUGAGAUGAGCGCCGCAACCCCAGAGUUGUCCACGACUGGACUUAACGGUCAGGGGUCCCUUUGUUGUUGCUAUGGAACGAAACACAGCCCUGCCCAGGAGAUGGAUGUUUUAGGAACAUAGGGAACCAUUACAUUGGACCAUUGGCCCAUCUAGCUCAGUAUUGUCUACAUUGACAGGCAGGAACUCAGACAAUGAUCACUUCCAGCCCUACCCAGAGAUGUCAAGGAUUGAACCUGGGCCCUUCUGUAUGCAAGAUCCUUUAUCACUGAGCUACACUCCCUCCCCAUUCAGGUUUAUGUUGCCAAAAUUCCACACAUAGAUCCUUUCAUUUAGGCCUUUCCCAGCUCUAAUUGCCCAGUUGAACUGCUUAGUAGUUGCCUUUUUUAAAAGUUUCUUGAGCAUUUUGACUUUCUGCUAUAUGGGAUAUUUUUAGUUGAUAUUAUUCAUAGUUAUUUGCAUCAGUGUAUUAUGUUUUAAUGUAUUAUUUAGAGUUUUGACUUUUUUUAAUGCAAAUGGUGUUGAGAUUUUUUAAAAAUAGUAAAUUGAUUAAAUAAAUAAACAGUCCAGAAUGUGUGAAUUAGGGCAGCUUGCUUUAAAGUGCAGACUGAACAAAAUUCUGAGUGGUGACCAUCUUUUUAGAAGGGAAUUUUUUUUUCCUGGAGCAGUGUGAGAAUAGACUAAGAGUUCUAGCAUUAAAAACCUCCAGAGGCUUCCUGAACAUUUUUGGAAAAAUAUUCUAAGAGUUUGGAAUCUCUUUAUUCAACCUGAGCUCUGCUGUUUGCAAAUCAAAGGGGCAGAGCUAUUUGCUGAACUCUCCUCCCAUCUGCUUGCAGUGACCCCCUGCCUGUUUCCCACCUACAUUUACAAAGUUAGUAAAAUUUCAGUUGUUCCUUUCUUCCGGGCAAAUGAGACUGGUGUUCCAUUUGCUGUAAGCCAGGCCCCAAGCAAAGUGGGCUUCUCUGGCCUGUAUAGAUUGUGGCAAAUUGAGAAAAUGUGUGUCAUCGUUCUUAUUCUGCCUUCUGCUUUUGCUGUUGAUACGGGAGGGACAAGGAGCUAGGCAGAGGGUCCUAGUCCAUUCAGAUGAAUAGGGACAUUCCCCAUCAACCUCAGUCUUCUCUCAGUAUGAAUAAAAAUGCAUAUGUUAGUGAAAAGCAGCAUACGAAAGUACCGUAUUUUUUGCUCUAUAAGACUCACUUUUUCUCUCCUAAAAAGUAAGGGGAAAUGUGUGUGCGUCUUAUGGAGCGAAUGCAGGCUGUGCAGCUAUCACAGAAGCCAGAAGAGUAAGAGGGAUUGCUGCUUUCACUGCGCAGUGAUCCCUCUUGCUGUUCUGGCUUCUGAGAUUCAGAAUUUUUCCCCUUGUUUUCCUCCUCCAAAAACUAGGUGCGUCUUGUGGACUGGUGCGUCUUAUAGAGCGAAAAAUACGGUACAUUAUAUUAAGGAAAAUUGUUCUGCAAAUAUGUGUGGAUACGUGAAUUUGAGAUUGGGGGAAAUGAGAAACAGAGAGAAACCAAAAUGUCGCCCAUCCCUGGUAAAAACACAUCUCUGAGAGAGAGAUGCAAAACAAGCUGUUGUGAAGGCAGGGAGGAAAAGGCAGGCAUUAUGAUCUCAGUGGCCAUGGACUUUGCCCAUCUCAUAAACCCAGUUGCAUUGACUUUACUGUGUGGCGCAUCUGUCAGUUUAUGAGCUUGGGGAGCUGCUGGCUCGCCUCCUGCCCAAGCUCUUACUUGGACUUUUGGCUGUACUUUCCGUCCCUUGUUCUUUAUCAGCACUGCAGCAAACAGUUUGUAGGGGCCGACGGGGAACUCUUUCACAACGGACUGCAAUAAAUCUCGGAGGAUUCCAGGGACCUGCAUCCCAUUUGACAAUUAAGCAAGCCAUGCCCUCCAAUUCUUAAAGGAUACGAGAACCCACCGGGACUAUCAGUGAAGCUGAAGCUUGGAAGCUUCUGGACAGAUGCAAAGAAGCACUUAUUCACACAACACACAGUUAACCUUUGGAAUUUGCUGCCACAAGAUUCAGUGAUGGUCAUAUACCUGCGUGGCUUUAAAGGGGAUAUAGACAAAUUCAUGGGUGGUGGUGGUUAAGGUUAUCAGUGACUACUGACCACAAUGGCUAUGUUCUUUUUCCAUGGUUGGAGGCAGUGUGCUUCUAAAUACCAGUUGCUUGGAAUCACAAAUAUAGAGAGUGCUGCUGUGUUCAGGUCCUGCUUGUAUGAGGGGCAUCUGGCUGGCCACAGUGAGAACAUAUUGAUGGACUAGAUGGGCCAUCAGCCUGCUUUGGCAGGUCUCUUCUUAUGUUCUAUGAAGCAGAUCACUGAUCUGCCUACCUCAGUAGCAUCUUCAAUGAUUCACAACAGUUCUGCAGGGUUUCAGUCUUUCCCAGAUCUCCCAGCAAUUGCUAGAGCCCGAAACUGGGACAUUUUGCAUACAAGGUAGCAAUGGACACAAGACCAAAUUCUGACUGGUUCCAGUUCUGCAGAGUUCUACAGUAGUGCCUGCAUUGUUCUGGUUCCAUGUGAAUAUUUUAGGAGGAAUAUACACAAAAACACCUUCACACCUCUGCAUGAGACUUUUUUAAUUUCAAAAAUGCAUUGACUUAGAAGGUGGUCUGAGAGCUUCCUCUCUUGUCUGCUGUUGGUUCCCUGGGGGCAGCUACCUUUUCCCCUGUACAACCCUACUGAAAAUGGUGGCACAACUUGCAUUGCUCCCAAGGGAACUUGUUCUAGGUUUAUUACAUUUGUAUGUCGCUUCCCACUACAAAAAUAGUCCCAAAGCGAUUUACAACACAAGUAAAAAAAACAACAACCAUGAAAAUGAUGAAAGCAUGUUAAAAACAUACUCAGAAUGUUAACAUGGGUUCAUCCCUAUUGUAAUCACCGCACCCAACUGGAGAUGAACACCGAAACAAAACAAACAUCCGAUGAUUGGAGCAGCCAGAAUGCAUGGAGGAGAGAGAAAAUAUCUGUGCCUAGUACCAAAAUAAUAACAAAGCAGGUACCAGGCAGGCCUCCCUGGAGAAAGCAAUGCAGUAAUAAGGGGCUAUUAAAGAAAAGGUUUGUUCUCUUGUUGCCACCUGCUGGACCUCCCUUGGAGGUGGCACUCAGAGGAGAGCCUAGUUUAUGGGCAGGUGGCAAAAGGUAGGGAAAGAUACGUGGAAAGGUGGUCCUUUAGGGAUAGAGAUCCUCUCUGGCUUUCCAAAUAGGGCAGGGGUCGGCAGCUUCUGGCCUGCAUGCAGCCUUUAGUCUAAUUUCAAAAUUAUUCUGCAUGUUCAGAGCUUUGGCAAGUGUGUUAUUCAUUCAUUCAUUCAUUCAAGUAUUGUGUACCACCAAAACACACAGAAUAUAACAUGGCAAUGUAUUAAACACCAUAAAAAUAGCGCAAGAUGAUUACAGGGACUGGCUGAUAAAAAAUGUAAGCAGGUGCAGAGGCCUGUCUACAUAAAAAAGGCCUUCCUGAGACAGCUGAAAUUCAAAAGUGAGGGUGCCUGCUGGAUCUCUGUUGGGAGAGGGUUUUGGAGCCUGAGACUGGCAGGCUUCUGUGGCACAAGGGACAACCAGCAGCCUGCUAGGUAAGGAGAAAUGGGAGGAGAUAAAGGGGUUCACAUUGGCCCUUGGACCAGCCCACCACUUGGAUCUGCCCUCCACUGGCAGAUAACCUCCACCCUUGGUGCAGGGGUAGGAACAUACUGAGCCUCAAAACAGAAAGGUGCCUUGUACCAAGACAAAGCAUCCUUGAUCCAUCUAGAACCGCUUUUAUCUCUCUGAUGAGCAGCAGUGUGUAAAGCUGGAUUCUUUUACUGUACGGGGCUUUCAUAAAAUUAAAAACAAAACAAAAACGAAGAAGCCAAACUUCUCAAAAAUCUGGGCAUCAUUCAUGUCACUGACUCCCUUCAGCAUGUGCAUAUAUUAAGGAUUAAGGGAUUAAAAAACCAGUCUGCUUCCAGCUGCCCAGAGCUGAGUCAUUGAUUUAUGACCCAUCCAGGCAAGCUGGCAGCUGUUUUUCCACCCCUCUUGCAGGAAAGUAAGCCUCUUUUCCAGCUACUAUGAGGAUUGAUAGACUUAAUUAUCAACUCCCAAGUCUUCACUAAGAUGGGAUGGAGGGACUUGUUUACUGCCAGGACUCCAAAUAAAACAAAUCAGUAAAUCUUGCUCAGAUCCUCUAGCCUAGCUAGAAAGUGCACUGGAGCAACAUCGGUGCCAUUUCCAAAAAUCUUGUGCAAAGCAUUUUAUUAAGCAUGCUGGGUGCAAAGUUAUGGGUGCCUAAAUCUCACCGAUCACCAUAAGAUUUUGCAAGCCAUGCCGUAGUGUGGUCUGUCAUGAAUUCCAAACUGUCUUGUUUGCUUGUUGUUCUCGCAGUUACAUUGUUCAAGAACUAAAGAGUCAGCAAACUAGCUCCAUCAGCUCAAUGAAGUUUUAGACUUAUUUUUCUUCAGCAGCAGCCUCGCCACUCCCCAUGGCGAAUCACAAACUCAAGGGAGCAUAAAAAAAGGCCAGUAUGGUGUAGUGACCAGAGCACCCAUCCCCAGCCUGUCACCUUCUGGGUGAUUUGGACUUCAAUUUCCACCAGGCCAUUCUGGGUGGAGGCUAAUGAAAGUUGUAGUCCGAAACAUCUGGAGGGAGCCGGCUAAGCAGGUCAGUUCCUGGAUGGGAAAUCCCCAGAAAGCCUUACUUUGAGUUCUGCUAAGGAAGAAAGAUAGGGUAGCAUUUUUAUUUAUUUUUUAAAUGAAGCUAGGAGCUGUGGAAGGAAGGAAGGAAGGAAGGAAGGAAGGAAGGAAGGAAGGAAGAAGUCCAAAAUUGAACUGGGCUAGUGUAAGCCUUGUGUGUGAACUGUGAUAAGUCCCACUGUGUUGCCUAUUUACAAGUACAGAUGGACAAACCCUCAGAGGUCUAGUAACCGUUCUAGGGUUUUGCAAGCACCUUGUGCUUAUUUCUGCCUACAUACCUGUCCUGGGAAUUUCUGCAUCAGCUUUUAAAAGCAGCUUCCCAUUUAUUCCCAGGCAGUAAUCUAAAUAUUUUAUAUAUACACACACACAGCCUCUGCUAAUGCAAGACUUGGCUGGAUUCCACACAUUCUAUGUGCGCGAGAAUCUUAAGAGAAAAGCAACAGUGAGCUCUUGCCUUUGACUAUUAAGCAGAAUAGGCCCUCCCUUAAAUAAGAAUGUGAUUAGCUAUCUCAUUGUUUCCUGCUUUUCUUUAUUUCUGGGAAUCACCAUCGUAGAGAUAAUGGGGCGUUUAGUUGCCACCACAUUCAUUCAUUCAUUUCCUUUACCUUUCAGAGGUACCUGGCAAUGGGACUGUUGCACAUAGGGAUGAUUGGACCUAUAAAAGUCUGAUCCAUCCCAGUUUUCAGAGAGGAUGGGACUAAGUCUGCCUCAUCCUGUUUCCAGGCAAAUUUGUAAUGGAAAAUCCUUUAAAAUCUGCCUGGAGAAAUGAACAGGAGGGAGGUAUCAGAAGAUUCAAGGGAACUCCCAUAGUUUGCAGAAGUAUACAAAAUAUAUUUAAGGGAUAAAACAAUAAAUGGGGGGAAGGACCCCAGAACACCCAAGUGGGGGUAGAGGUGCUGGCUAUUUGCAGAUUAUUUGCACUGCAGAAGGCGUGCUAGGGAGACCACACAUUCAGGAAAUGCAAAAUAACUUUUGCUAGGUUUUAAUAACAGUAACAAAAACUCCUUUUGCACUAAAUUACAAUAUAUCAAUAACCCAUCCACCAGGGUACUGAGAGAGCUCCAUGCUGCUCUUUAUAUACCAUACCCAACAGCUUAAUUGCCACAACUUAACAGCACCUGCUAUACUGCUUCACAGCUGUAAAACUAGGUCACGUUAUUUGCUCUGGCCUUUAAAGAAAUACACAUCUUGUGGAACAAGAAUGAACCUUAAAAUUUAAAGAGACCAUUCAACAAGAGGGUGCUUCCUGGCCACACUGAAUGCUGACUGAAUGCUGGAAGGUUGAGAAGGAAGCUUGGGGAGAACAGAAUGGAAUGGAGUAUCAUGGACAAGAGCACAGCCAGCAAGGCCUGCUGGAACCCUGAACUGGAGCACUAUUAACACAAACAUUUUGCCUUGUAUUUCUUUAGCAUCUGCAUUUGAUGCCCAAUUAUUUCAGUGACUGUAGUCCUGCCAAAUGACCAGGAAAAAAACAAACUGCCUUGCUCCUCUACCUUUAAACAGAUGUGUCUUGUCUGCUAAAACCUGCAGGUGAAAUUCUUUUGCACAGAGCUUAAAUCUGGUGGGGAACAUCAGGCCUGGGGGCUGAAGGCAGCCCUCCAGUCCUCCCUAUCUGGCCCUCUGUAGUUUGCCAAGGCCACACUCCCUCGCUGGCUUUGCUUCACACCCAGAGUAUUUUUGACUUACUGGAAUGUGCCCUUGAACUCUUAUACUGCCGCUUGUUUGCUUGUUUGCAGGGAAAGAGGCACUUGUGAGAGUGUGUAGAAAUUAGCUUACCGUAUAAGGGUAGAAUUUGCAUUAGUUGCUCCGCCCACUUUUGCCUCUGGUCCCACCCCCCACUGAUAUGUGGCCCUUGAAACAGUUGCCCAGAAUGGAAUCUUGGGCUGAAAAAGGUUCCCCCCUCUGCUUAAAUCAUCACCUGCUGAUUGCUGGACCAUGGUGUGCUUUUAAAGGGACAGCUAUGGGUUAGCACCAAAAUGGACAACUCUACAAUAUUUGUGUGCAAUGGCAUUUAGUUUUUGGCAAGCCAAUAUUUUUCUUUUUAAAGCCAUCUAAGAUAGUAGCUUACUCCACAUCUUGUGGCAGAGAGUUCCACAAGUUGCUGUGUUAUGCCACCAGGCACUCCAAGCAGUGAGGGUGGAUGGAAGGAACCAGUGAGUGAUUAGAGCUAGUUCCAUUAACAUUUCAUACUUACAUUUAAUUCUGUUUUAGCGUGCUUAAAUAAUAUAUUAACAUAGCAUAGCUGCUUUGUAAAGUACAAUAAAUCUCUGCAGGUAAGAGGGCAAGAAUGCCAACUCAUAAAAAGGGAUUUCUGUAAAUCUUGUUCGACCCCAGUUUGAAGCCAAAUAUGCAGCAGGCAGUCAGCACAUCAGAGAAAAGAAAAUGCAUUUCCAAAGCUUUGAGGAGAAUGUGCCUUUUUGUCUUGCCCUCAAGUGUCCUUGAAAGGCUGCACCUGUGUUCUCAACUUAGCAAGAGGCAAGCUGGAAAGUCUGUUUUUGAAAAUGUAUUGCAUAUGAUUUACUAGCAUUCUGCAGUCACUAAUUAAAUGCCUACCAGAGGGUUAAAAGAUGUAAGAAAACGAGGCUCUAAGAGAUAAAACAUAAAAAAGCAAAGUCCUGUCAGGUCUGGCCCAUCACGGUCCAGCAUCAUGUUCUUAUGGUGGCCAAACAAAGGCUUCAACAGGAAGUCCGCAAGCAGGAGCAGAGGGCAACAGCCCUGCCCCCCCUUACAAUUCUCAGGGCUAGUAUUCAGAGGAAAUCAUUUGCAUCCUUUUCCAAAAUGAAAUUGUUAGGUGCAGAGGGCCCCAGUUUUCAUUGCAAGUGCACCAAAGGAAGGGGUGCCACUUUCUUCAUCCGUUGUGGCCCUGAGAAAAACCUCCCCUAUGGACAGCCCUGAAAGAGACACUCUCACUGGUGAUCACUGGGGGCAGCAUAUCAUGUUGUGCUGGGCAGAAGCCUGCCCACCCUUUUUGAGAACUGCGACCCAGCCCUGUGAAAAAAGCUGUAGUUUUUCUGCCUCUUUUGCGAGGGGCAGAGAAAAGAAAUCCUCUGGGGUGUGGGAUUUUGGCACAGAACCUGCCUUAAUUUUACAAGUCUGAUGAGGGCUGAGUGUGUAUUUGUCCUUUAACUUCAGGGGGUGAAACCAUGCUAUCAGCUGUUUAUAGCUUCACUGGCUGCCCAUGCUUCCUAAAAUGCCCAAUAGGACCCAUUUGUGCCUGAGAACAAUGCAAAAAUGAAGAAGUAAAAGGGGAAAUAAAUCUUCACAUCGUUUUCACUUGUUCCAGAGGUGGCCUUAUCAACGCAAGUGCCCACAAUGGCUUUCCCCUUGUCCUUGUCUGCGUAAGGGCCUACAAAUCUCACCUGGGGCAAGAGGAGGCAGUGCAAUUGGGUAAUUUUAGACUCUAGAAUGAAUGGUCUUAUUGGGAGGGUGAUGACUAAGCCUGCAAAGUUACGCUCCUUGUUGAGGUUAUUGAUUGAUUGUAGGCUCUACCAACAUUUCUGUCCAUCUCAUUGUUCCCCAAUGAAAGAUCAACUUGAAAUCAAGAGCAAAUGUGAGAUGUGCCUUCUGGCAAGAUCACUUCCAAAGGCUCCCCCCAACCACCCACAGACCCUUUGGGUAGUAUUAUAUGCCUGACUUGUUGGGUACAGGGUGAGCCAGGAUAAUGAAGGCAGAGCAGGUGCAAGAUUGGUGCAAGUUUCACCCUGCUAGAGGAACAGAAAAGGGUUGUCGGGGAGUAGAGAGAGAAGAUGGUAGUCAUCACAGAACUGUAAGAACAUAAGAAGAACCCUGCUGGAUCAGGCUCAUUUACUCCAGCAUCCUGUUCUCAAGGGGGCCAACCAGGGAUUAUUGGAUGCCCACAUGCAGGAGAGAGAUGCCCCCAUUGUGAUUUCCAGCAACUGAUUAAGAGUGGAGAUAGAAUGCAGCUACUUUCAAGCCUGCAGCAAACCUUGAAAUGAAUGAUUGAGUGAGGUGCCUUUGCAGGAGAGUUCAUCAAACAUCUGGGGCGACAUUUUGCCUGUUUGGUUCCUGCAUGAAAAGGUGGAUUAUAGAUGCUUUGCCACUCAACAGAAAUCCUUUAAAGUAUAUACAGUGAUACCUUGGUUCUCGAACGGCUUGGCUCCCAAACAAAUCAGCUCCCAAACACCGCAAACUCGGAAGUAAGUGUUCCGGUUUGUGAAUGUUUUUUGGAAGCCAAACGUCUGACACGGCUUCUGCUUGCGUGCAGGAAGCUCCUGCAGCCAAUCAGAAUCUGCACCUUGGUUUUCAAAUGGUUUCGGGAGUCAAAAGGACUCCCAGAACCGAUUAAGUACGAGAACCAAGGUAUCACUGUAGUCAAAGAUACUCAGUGGUAAGGAAGACAUAAUGCAGGAUCAACCCUGGAACCAUAGGAAAGAAAUGUCAAGCCAAAUGUUAAGAAGAUAAUUAUCUGAAAAGAAUGGAUGAAUGAAUCUUUAUUUGCGUCAGCCAUCAGCCAUAGCAAUAAAACAACAAUACCUGAAAAGAGCCCUGCUGCUGGAUCAGGCCAAAGGCCCAUGUAGUCCAGCAUCCUGGUCUCAGGUGCCUCUUCUGGUCCAAAAGCAAGACCUGAGUGUAACCGGAGCCUCCCCACCUGAGAUCCCCAGCAAGUGCACCCUGGCCACCAUGGCUAGGAGUCCUUCAUGAAGUUCAUUUAAGGUUCACCUAUUGUCCUCUUCUCAUGCUCCCAUUGCACACACAUAGUGGAUAGUGAGAAUGGGCUCUCAGGCUCCCCUCUGGCAAAGAGGAGAGCGGUGUGUGUGUCUGUGUUCUAGAUCUUCUCCUCUUUUUGUUGCACUAUAGUGCAAGGAUGCCCCUCCAGAUGGUAUUUGUGUGGUAACAUUGGGGGAGCAUCACAAUACAAGUAAUAAAGCAGUAUGAUAUGUGGAUGGUCCCGUAUAAAGCUAUCACUAAUGCACUAUUAUUGCAUCAAGGGCAUGUUGCAAAAUACACCUAUAAAACCCCAAGAAGAACAACCAGUGCCUCUUCUCAUUAUAGGUCUACUCUGAGAACAGUUAUGCUUACCUUUGCUACAAAAAAAAAUAAAAUAGUUCUCAUGUUUUCCCUGCAGUUAAUGGGUUUUGAUCCUGAAAGGUCUGAUGGUGGUCCAUUAACCCUUCUGUUCCUCUCUUAUUUUCCUUCCAGGUGCAAGUGGGAAGUACACCUCAGGACCAAAGAAUUGUGGGAUACAUUUCCUGCACUCACUUGCAAGCUCUGGCAGGUACCGUAUGGAUUGCUCUCCCAAUCUUUGUUUUGCUUCUUUUGCUACUUAUUGUAGAAUAGAGAUAGAAAGAGUGGGUUUGGCUAGUCUCUUCUCAAUGGUCUCUUGUCAGUACUUUAACCAUCUCAGCUGAAAAUGUUGCAGGCAGGGAAGGGUUGUACAUUAACCUAAGUAUUCUGCAGAGCCAGGGCAAGCAGACAGACAUCAGGUCUGCAAGGUCUAUUGGAAGCCUAAGAUCCAUCGAGAGAGGGCCGGGUGCUGAAAUGCUGGCUUCAAGCGGGGUGGGAAUUAGAGAGGAAACACAUUUAGAAAUGAAUUUUAAAAGAAAAUAGAUUGUAAAUACAUAUUUAAAUACAAAUUUCUGCGAGGGCUUAGAAAAAUAUCGAUAGAUGAAGGAUUGGACAGACAUACGAGUGAGUAGAUGCAAAAGUGUCAUAAACUAGAAAUAGACAGAGGCUACCACAUCUGUUGGGGACAGGGACUCGGGUGGUGCUGUGGGUCAAACCACAGAGCCUAGGACUUGCUGAUCAGAAGGUCAGCGGUUCGAAUCCCCGCAAUGGGGUGAGCUCCCGUUGCUCUGUCCCUGCUCCUGCCAACCUAGCAGUUCGAAAGCACGUCAAAGUAUAAGUAGAUAAAUAGGUACCGCUCCUGCUGGAAGGUAAACGGCGUUUCCGUGCGCUGCUCUGGUUUGCCAGAAGCGGCUUAGUCAUGCUAGUCACAUGACCUGGAAGCUGUACGCCGGCUCCCUUGGCCAAUAAAGCGAGAUGAGCGCCGCAGCCCCAGAGUCGGUCACGACUGGACCUAAUGGUCAGAGGUACCUUUACCUUUACCUUUACCACAUCUGUUGCUCAUGCUGGUAGCUCAAGGGUACCAAUAUGAAUAAAAUAUGGGGGGAGUUAAGCCCCACCACACAUAAUUGAUCACAAGACAUGGUGCACACAUACCAUUUGAAGGGCAAUGCCCAUCAACUUUGGGGAGGCCCAGCCCCCUCAAAUAAUUUAUUGGGGGGACCAGAAGGACCUCUGUCCCUAGAAAUUGGCUCCUAUGCUCUGGUUGGAGCAGAAGCUGGGAAGCUUGCAAAUCUCUGUACCAACCUAGAGCUGGCACAGGAGUUGGGCCCAUAGUGGGUCUAGUUGCUGUCAUGGGGUAGUAGUCGGUCUGCCUUGAGUUCCCAGCAGAUCCCAGGCCUGCUCUGCCCCUCUGUCCCCAGAUCCUGAUGUCCCAUACAUUUGGCAGGCAGAAUAGUGAGCUCCAUGCUGGCGGAGUGACAUUGGACAGAGGCCGGCAGAAGCUGGGGGAGCUCAGUGAAGGGACACCUCCAUCCAAUCCAACUACUCCCAAGCCAGCACAAAGGAGCUUGGAUUGUGGUGUGAUUCACUCCAUGUGAAACAUGGUUUACUGAACUCUCCUUGGCCUCUCCUUCCACUGUUUACUGGAUCUUUCCCAUUACCUUGUUUCGCGUAAAUCUUCAGCACAAUACAACUGUAAAAAAAAAUCAGUUUACGAUGUGGAAGGGGAAAACCACCAUGUUGAGUCUUUUCAUGGCCACCUGAGAGUAUCCAGAAAGAGACCAGGGCAACCUUGUUUCUCUACCAGCCUCAUUUCAGCAAAUAAACUUGCCAUCCUCAGCCAAUCUGCGUAAUGGUUGAUAAUCCAAAUAUUAUUUAAAUCUUAUCUCAAGAUAAACAUUAUGUCAUCUGGUAAAGCUUUGGGGUUAGCCUAUAAAUUUAAAAGCUUUGCCCUCCCCACUGCCACCUAACUUCUGCAGGGAAAGGUGGCAUUGGUGGAAACACCUUAUAGACCAAGUCUCUUUAUAGCAAUCAAAUAAAUUCAACUUGUCAACCUUUCCUCUCUCAGCAUAAACUGUUAGCAGAAGUCUAGGACUCUUUGUAAAAAUACUUCUCCUGUAUAUACAACACUGGAGAUGGAACAUUCUAGACUUUGUUUUGUAAAGAGCUGAUACAAAAGAGUGAUGGGUUGGAAUGGACAUGUUAACAAUACCAACUUUGGGGUACAAAAGUUGAAUGUGGUUCUUGGGUCAAAAGAGGAGAUAAAAAGGAGAUAAAGGACCCCUGGACAGUUACCGUAUUUUUCGCCCUAUAGGACGCACUUUUUCCCCUCCAAAAAUGAAGGGGAAAUGUGUGUGCAUCCUAUGGGGCGAAUGCAGGCUUUCGCUGAAGCCUGGAGAGCGAGAGGGUCGGUGCGCACCGACCCCUCUCGCUCUCCAGGCUUCAGGAAGCUCUGCGCAACCCUCGGGAGACCGGCGCCACUUCACGCCCGCCUCCCGAUGGCUGCGCAGAGCUGCCUGCUGUCCCGGGGCGAGCGCCGCUCUGCGCAGCCAUCGGGAGCGGGGCGCGAAGUCGCGCCCGCCUCCCGAUGGCUGCGCAGAGCGGCCUGCAGUCCCGGGGCGAGCGCCGCUCUGCGCAGCCAUCCGGAGCGGGGCGCGAAGUCGCGCCUGCCUCCCGAUGGCUGCGCAGAGCUGCCUGCAUUCCGAAGCCUGGGGAGACCGGCCCGACUUACCGCUGGCGUCCCUAGGCUUGCAGAUAGCAGGCUGUUCUUGGGGCUGGGAUUGGGGGAAGCUCGGGCUUCCCCCGCGCCAGCCCCGCGCCUGGGGGGGGAAAUAAAUUUUUUUGUUUAUUUCCCCCCCCAAAAAAAAACUAGGUGCGUCCUAUGGGGCGGUGUGCCCUAUGGGGCGAAAAAUACGCUAAGUUCAGUCAAAGGUGACUAUGGGGUUGCGGCACUCAACUUACUUUCAGGCCGAGGGAGCUGGUGUUUGUCCACAGACAGCUUUCCGGGUAAUAUGGCCAGCAUGACUAAACCACUUCUGGCACAACAGGGCACCGUGACGGAAACCAGAGCACACAGAAACACCAUUUACAUUCCCGCCACAGCAGUACCUAUUUAUCUAUUUGCACUGGUAUGCUUUUGAAUGGCUAGGUUGACCUUCUUGUCGGCAAGCCCAAUUGGCUCAGUGGUUUAGACCAAAGCGCCCAAUGAGUAAUAGGCCUCCCAAUAUAUUUUUGAUCCAAUUCUAUUCUUGGUUUUGCUGAUCUUAUUCAUGACAUGAAACAGACUCUGGUUUUGUUAUCUUCUCGAUACACUUCUUCUGUAGCAGGGAUGUAUCAAUUUGGUACCUUCCCUAUAGUGGGCCAAUGCCCCAUUCGAUCCAGCACCCUGCUUUCACUGUGGCCAAUCAAGUGCCCUAAUGGGAAGCCCAAAAGCAGGACCUGAAUGCAACAGUACUCUGAGCACUCAUGAUUCCCAGCAAUUGACUUUCAGAGGCAUAAUGCCACCAUUGAUGAAGGGAGAACCUUGCCAUCAUGGCUAGUAGCCAUUGGAGAAACACUGAAACAGUGGUAUUCAACCUUAAAGUAUUAAAGUAUUGAAACAAAUGUAGUAAUAAUAAUACCCAGAUGUGAUAUUAUGGCUAUGUAUGCAGUGCUUGUACAGUUCCUUCAUACUAUUCCCCACCCCCUGCACUUUAGCCAAAUUCUAGUAGAUUUACUCUUGGACCAUCUCACUGAGAUUUAAGGCAAAGAAGGAGCAUGGCGAGAGAGGACUGGAAUAAUCCGCCUUUGCCCCAUCAGAAUGUCUCCCUUUAAGGCUUCCAAGUUCCUUUCCUGUUUGUCUUUCAUAUGUUUGCUUCAUAUUUCCCGGCUUAUCUAUCACACUGUAUUCAAAUACAAGAGAGCUUAGGUUUUAAAAGCUUAGAUGUCCUUCAAUAAAUCUCUGUUCAUUUAUGGAACAAAACAGAAUGACCUGAGUUCAUAACAGUGGAGUUUCCUUGGCUGUGCCGGUUAUCUCAUCCAAAACAUUUAUUGUGUUUCUAAAAAAUGAGGGAUGGGACAUGAUGGCAGAAAAGGAAAGCUUGAGCCACAUAAAAGGUGCUGGUCUGGGAUGUGUUUUUGUCAAAGAAAGCCUAUUUGGAAAUGUUUUGAAACAUACAAAUUGAUGGUUGCUGAAAGUAAGCCUGGCUCCAGUUUAGAAUUCAGAGGUGUACGUGCAACAGCUCAAGUUGGCAGAUGCUGCAAUUUGGGAAGCAGGAGCUGUACUUCCUGAAAAAGAAGUAGUGGAAGAAUAGUGUUGGGGACAGUGGAGUCAGCACUUAAAGCAGAAGUGGAGACCCUUUGUCAGCCCAAAGACACCGGGCCCUUACGGAUAACCUCCUUGGAGCUGCUCUUAACUAAGAAAAUGUGUUGGAGGUGAUUUUGAAUUGAAAAUCAUGAGCAGGGGGAAGACCCGCCACCAACCAUGAGAAAAUCUAUCCAUUUCAGUUUCUCAUUUUCCCAAAAUGAAAUUCCAUUGUCCACAUUUCCACAUCAAUUUGCCCCCCCCAAAACCCUUUGAUCCUUAGAAAGCCAGUGUGGUGUAGUGGUUAAGAGCGGUGAACUCGUAAUCUGGGGAAUCGGGUUCGCGUCUCCUCUCCUCCACAUGCAGCUGCUGGGUGACCUUGGGCUAGUCACACUUCUCUGAAGUCUCUCAGCCCCACUCACCUCAUAGAGUGUUGUGGGGGAGGAAGGGAAAGGAGAAUGUUAGCCGCUUUGAGACUCCUUCGGGUGGUAAUAAAGCGGGAUAUCAAAUCCAAACUCUUCUUAGAACAAAUUUCCCUUGAUAUACACAUUUCUGCAAAGUAAUUUCCCCUAAUAAAAUGCAAUUUUGUAUGUUAUUGUCAUUAGCAUGUAUUUUUAUGCUCAUUUCUCACCAGCAUAUGCAUUUUUUGUGCACUCGGUUGGAGAACUGUGUUGCAAAAUUCAGAGAAAUGUGAAUUUUGAAGGAUGGCUGUGUUUGCGGAUUGUUCUAGAAAGUACGAAUCCGGCUGAUUCCCCUUUAAGUGCAAACCAUAAAUAUAAAUCUCUUACACACAAACCACAUGCUUUAAAUAAAAGGGUGACAAAAAGCUCCCAGCAAAGAGCAAAAAAACAAACUCCACUCAUAUGCAUUUAAUAUUUUAUUUAAUUUAAGUGGAUAUGGGUCAAGUAAGUUUUACUCAGAGUAGACUGAUUGGCGUUAAUGAACAUUAAUUUAGGCCCAUUUGUUUUAGUUGGUCUGCUCUGAGUAAAACUUAGCUUAACACCACCCAGUAUUUUUAUAUAGCCUUGCAGGGCAAGAAACCCUGUCAAAUGAAAUCAUGCAACAAUAAGAACAUGAUAUGCAAUUAACUAACCGAGCGGCAUGAAAACAUUUCAUUUCAAUAAAAAAGAUCAAGUAAAUAGAAUAGAUGUUUCUUUCGUUUGAAUAAAUAAACAAAAAUAUCACAAAAUAAUCUAUAGGAAUUAUCCACUGGAAAUCAGAAAGAAAAGCAGAGCAGGAUGUUGGUUACAGCCAGUCUGGUGGAAACUUACAAAUCAGAACUGGGAAAUCCACCCCAACCCUCUGCCUCGUUCAAUUAUACUUGAUUCAAAAGUGAUCUGUUGCAUUCUUCACAGUGACUUCUUUUGAUUUGCUGCUUGAGUUGUAGAUAUGAAUUUUAAAAAUCACUCCUAUUAUGUUUAGCACCAACACUGGGUGUUCAGAUUAAAAAAUAAAAUAAAACCAGACAGCAACACAGCAACUCAAAAAUUAAAAAGACCAUUUUCCACUGAGAGUGUCAGGGCUCUCAGAACCCAAUCCAAACCCAAUCCCAAUCCAUGGGAAGCAAGUCCCAUUUAACUUGGAGGCCUUAACGUUUGAGUAACCAACUUUGUCUGCUAGCAAUUUGGCCUUUACUCAAGAGACAUGUUGUUUCUCAAGUUGUAGAUCCAGGCUGGAGUUGGAUUUUUUAAGUCAGGGCAAAUCCCAUUGCCCCUUGUGUCACUUCACAAUCUCUAAAUCAGGCUUCCUCAACCUCGGCCCUCCAGAUGUUUUGAGACUACAAUUCCCAUCAUCCCUGACCACUGGUCCUGCUAGCUAGGGAUCAUGGUAGGCCAAAAACAUCUGGAGGGCCAAGGUUAAGGAAGCCUGCUCUAAAUCAUUGAGCAGCAGUACCUCCUUCUGACUGUCUGCAGUUGGGAGAAAUAGUAGUCAGUGGCUUCAUCUUGUGGAGAGUUGUCCUGGUGCCUCAGCGAAUAAGGCACAUGACACACUGGGUAGCUAAAAGUUACUCAUUCAAUACCCCCUUGUGCCUUCAGUCACAAAUUUUGUAGAUCUAUAUUUUUUUCCUUGCCUAAAACCAGCCGACAGAUAUUGAAUAACUGAAAACACUAGAUGGGAAGCGGUUCAGCCUGAGCUAAUGAAAACAUAUAUAGCAUGUCGCAUACAUGCGUGCCGUUAUUGGUGAUUCAAAAGGGAAAUUUCCAAGCCAGCUCCAAAUUAUCUUUGAACAGAAUGGUGUGAAUGAUGGAUGAGGUAAGGAAGUCAAGCAAGGACGUUUACGGCUUCUGCAUCACACAGACACACCGUGCCAUAAAUCAAAUUGCAAAAGUGAGGGGCAGCUACCUGAUGAUGCAAAACUGGCAGAGCCCUUGGAGAGUAUCAGUUGGACCUCACUAGAUAAACAAAGGCAUAUGUGAAGUCUCCCCCUGCCCCUUUCCACUGCAUGGAACGCUGCCACCGCCAAGUGUAGGGGCUCAGUUUCCAUUUAUAGCUGCAUAACCAAAAGGACUUUCUCCCCAACCCUUUUGGUAGUGCACCUGAUUUGCAUACAGAAGGUCCCAGGUUUAAUCCCCAACAUCUCCUGAUAGAACUGGAGAAAUCUUACCAGUCAGCAUAGGUAAAACUGAGCCAGAUGGACCAAUGGUCUGGUCCAGUAUAAGCAGGUUCCUGUGUUCCUUGUGUUGUGCUGAGUACUUUCAUUCUUUUGCACAAACAUGCUCCCUUGCCAGGAGCAGUUGAUUGAGCAGUUGGGAAGCUGCUAUAUCUAGCAGGGGUGAUAUGAUAGCCAUGUUCAAAUAUAUAAAAGGAUGUCACAUAGAGGAGGGAGAAAGGUUGUUUUCUGCUGCUCCAGAGAAGCGGACACGGAGCAAUGGAUCCAAACUACAAGAAAGAAGAUUCCACCUAAACAUUAGGAAGAACUUCCUGACAGUAAGAGCUGUUCGACAGUGGAAUUUGCUGCCAAGGAGUGUGGUGGAGUCUCCUUCUUUGGAGGUCUUUAAGCAGAGGCUUGACAACCAUAUGUCAGGAGUGCUCUGAUGGUGUUUCCUGCUUGGCAGGGGGUUGGACUCGAUGGCCCUUGUGGUCUCUUCCAACUCUAUGAUUCUAUGAUUCUAUGAUUCUAUCUAUCAUCUAUCUAUCAUCUAUCUAUCUAUCAUUGGUCCAAAUAUCUCGGUAUUGUCUACACUGACUGGCAGCAGCUCUCCAGGAUUUUCAGGUAGGGGUCUCUCUCAUCCCUACUUGGAGGUGCCAGGGACUGAACCUGGGACCAUGUGCAGAUGCUCAACCACUGAGCUCUUUGGUCCUUACCCAACAAAGUUGCCACCUUAAUCCCAUGAUCAGAUGUAGGAAGCUGUCUUAUACUGAGUUAAACCAUUGGUCCAUCUGGCUCAUCUAGAAUGGGUAAGAAGUAUUUAAAAUAAAGAAACAAAGUAAGUUUGCCCAUUGGCUUUUAUUGAAAAAGCUUUUAAAUUCACAUUCUACUCCAGGGAUGGGAAAUCUGUGGCUGUUUACAUUUGAAGGAACUCCAACAUGUUUAUUUUAGAAUUGCAUCUUAUGGUCUAGUAGCUUAAGAUACCACCACCGUAAAUACAAUGAAAUUUGGAAUUGCUCCAGAACCCUUGUUUUGUGCUUCCUGCAGGGGACAGUACUGUUCGAUGUGAACAACUGGAUCUGCUUCAGGAUUGGCUGGCUGAUUUCAGAAAAUCUACCUCCUCCUCCAGCACAGCCAAUCCAGAGGAGCUGGUGGCAUUUGAUGUACUCUGUGGAGAUCUCAACUUUGACAAUUGCUCAUCAGGUGAGACAGCCACUUAUUUGCUUGAUGUAUUUUAAGCUGCUAAGCCCUAGGCUCGGUGCACAGCACAGCAGUGCUGGUUGCACUGCCCCAAAUCCACCUUUGCCCGUGGUGGUUGGUGCCCAUUGGGACUGGUGGGGCAAAGGGCAGAGAAGUCCAGUAAAGAGUAGAUAAAUCCAGAGCCAGUGGCAGGCAGAGCUAAUUUUACUUUUACCCCUAUCCUCCUCCCUGCUAAAGAAAACACUGAGAUUAAGGAGAGCAAAGCUGGCAGCUAGUGUCACCCCCUGGACUAUAAGAAGGCAGGCAGGUGUAGGCUGGCUGGUGAUAGACCAAGGUUGGUGGGACAGUGCCCCAUUCAUCCUAAUGGACCAGCCUUUAUUGGCCAACACUGUGUUGUGCCUGGAACCCCUCUGGUCUUUACCCUCCUGUUCUUCAUCACCAUCCUUUUUUCCUAAUUAUUCCCUGCUCUCCUUCCUAGUAUGAAGUUCAUGACAACGUACUGGGAUAAACAAGGGUGAAGUAGAGCUAUAAUGAAUCACUGGAGAAAGCAAUGCUUUUUAAUAAAUGGGGUUAAUUUAUUAAAAUAAACAGAGAUAAUAUGAAAUGAUGCUGAUUUAUUGCUGCUCAUUCUGUUCUUCGGUUUGCUUUUAAUUUAGUUGUGCUGUGUCUUUUCUUUGUAAACCACCUUGCACUUGACUUUAUCAUAGAAAGACAGGCAGAAAUGGUCAAAUCAAUAAACAGAAGCUAGGCUACUGCAAGGACUGGGCAGGCCUUUUAAAAUUCUCCAUGCUCUUUGCAGGCAGCAAAAUGGGGAGUGGGUGGAUUUCACUGAAUAUCCAAAGGGUGAAAUUCUCCAAAAGUUUUCCUAGAAAUCUCUUUUUGGAGAAAUUUUUAGCUUAUUGAGGUUUACAAAGAUUCAAGUCCUUUUAGCUGGUAAUAGAGAUUGAGAGAAAUUUGAUUCGGUUCUCAUUUCAUGGCCAACUUGCCACAUUUACCGUUUCCAAAGCAAGAUGAGAACAAAAUUGGAUGAUGUGAAAAUUUUGAAGGAGUGCUGUGUUUCAGCUCACAUUUUGUUUUGGAAAGUGCAAAUUUCCUUUAAACGUGAACUGAACAAAAAAUCUCCCCCCAUCCCUAGAAGCCAUUUAUAGCCUCUGGUAUCAUUGCUAGCAGCACUGAUGGACAACAAAGGCUCCAGCGGAUCAAGACUGCCUCAGCCCUUAGGAGUCAGUGCCUGUGAUGGACCUAUGAAAUGGGCAAUAAAUUGGCAUGAGACUGAAAGAGCUACUUUUUGGCAACCUUUUUUUUUUUUGGCCCCACCCUUAGAUACCUGGAUGCAAAUCAGGUCCCUGCUCUAUAAAGUAAGAUUAAGAGGUGUGAACCCUGGCCAGAUGAUCUGAUCGGCAUAACCUUCAAAGCACUGUUUUAUUUUUAGCAGUUUGGCUUCUUUCUUCUUACCGCUUUUUAAAAGCCUCGCAUUUAUGGAUUGUGUUGCCUUGACAAUAGACAGUGACAAAUGACAUCAUUAGUGCCAGUGGCAGCCACUUGUGGGAUUCCCCCAGGAGAAGCAAAAAGAAAUUCUUUUUUCUUUUCUUUCAGGAGAGAUGCAGAAAAAUGAUUAAGAGGCAUCAUAGGUUUCAGGUGUUUGCACAGGGUUAGCUCUAAAGCAGAAUGGAAUGAAAAAGUUUAACUGCAUAAACCUCUCCCCAUAUGAACUGACCUGGACCCUACGAUCAUCAUCUGAGGCCCUUCUUCAUGUGCCUCCUCCGCGGGAGGUCCAGAGGGCGGCAACAUGAGAACGGGCCUUUUUUGCAGUAGCUCAUCGUUUGUGGAAUGCUCUGGCGCCUUCACCACAUAUCUUUAGGUGCCAGGCAAAAACAUUCCUUUUCCCCCAGGCCUCUAGCUAGUUAACCAAUCUAUGGCCUUUUAAUCAGGGACUUGUGUGUGUGUUUGUAUGUAUGUGUGUGUGUGUAUUGUUUUCAUUGUAUGUAUUUUUGUGUUUUUAUAUUGUAAACUGCCCUGUGAUCUUUAGAUGAAAGACGGUAUAGAAAUUUAAUAAUGAAUAAAUAAUAAACAAUUGCCCAAAACUUAACAAGACAAUUUUAAUGCCUUCAAAUGGCAUUUCCAAAUAAUUCCUCCUCCCCAGCAAACUGCAGCAAUAAAAUAGAAAAUUCACCAUAUUUGACUGCUUGAAUUAGCUGCCUGCCUUAGCCAAUUUAAAAAUCAGUCCAACCCCAAGGAAUAAUUGACAGGUCUAGAGAGAUCUACAUGGGAGUAAGGAAGAGGAAAAGAAAAGAAAAGUGUAUAGUGUGGGCUUUAUCCAUUGCUAGUCAUACUUGGAGUAGACCUAGUGCAGGUCCAAUAAUUUCAAUGGGCUUACUCUGCAUAAAACUUAGUUGGAUACAACUCUUCCAUGUUUUAAUGAAUUGCUCAGAGACUGCCUUGGUAUUAAGUGGCAUGGAAGUAAGUUAGGGUUGCCAUAUUUCAAAAAGUAAAAACCAGGACACCCAAGCUUUUUUAAAGGAAACCACUGAAAUUGUUGAGCUUUUUUUUAAGGAAAUUCCCAAAAUUGGUGAGGGUUUUUUAGGAAGACCUGAAAGUUGUUGAACUUUCUUUUAAACAAAAACACCCAAAAAAACCCCCCACAAAUUUUAGAUUGACUUGCCUAAGAUCCAGGACAAAAUGCUGCAGUUCGGAAAUUGCCCUUCCGCCUUUGAAAUCCCAGUGAUGUACAGGAAAAUCCAGACAUAGGGCAGCCCCAAGUAAAUGCAAUGCAAUAUAAAUCCAGGAUGAGUGAGGAAUGCCCACUGUGUGGCCUCUGGUUUCUCAAGCUGUGGCCUCUAGAUUUUAUUCCCUGACCAUUGCCUGAGCUGGCUGGGGCUGCUGGGAGUUGCAAUCCAGCAACAUCAGGAGGGCUGCAGGUUGCUCAACCCUGCCUCCCCCUGCCCUUGCCUUUCUUCGCAUGCCACUGAUGUCCUUAUUCUUGGUCCUUUGUGUUCUCGCUACAGAUGACAAGCUGGAGCAGCAGCAUUCCUUGUUUACGCGCUACAAGGACCCAUGCCGGCUUGGUCCAGGGGAGGACAAAUCAUGGGCAAUUGGUAAGGGAUGCUGCCAUGGCCUUGGGCUUGGGUUGGGAGCAGUGCUUGGGGGGGGGGAGCUCAUUGAUCUGUUCCAGUUCACCCCCUCCAAAAAGGAAUUAGUUCAUUUCCUCUGGAAAGGAAAGAAUUUCCAUUUCAGUUCAAUUCACAACCCAUUCACAUAGUUCUCAGCGGUUUUUCUUUCAGCCUUCAGAAUUUGACAAGCUGCUCUGCUGUUGUAUAAAAUAUGCUUAAGAAGAUUAAGAAAACAUCAAAACACACACUCACGGUGUAACACGAAUAAUGGUUUUAUUUAUCUUCCCCCAACCAUCAUUGUAUUUAAGUUUAAAGAGCGGCAUGACAUUUCAGAUGGAGAGGGGACUAAAGAUGGUGGGAAAGAGCUGUGCACAGGGCUUGGCAGGUGCUGCCAACCAGCUGGUUGGCAUGUACAAACCCCCUCCUGGCCCAGCUGCACCUUUACCUGCCUCAAAACUGGCAUCAUAUAUGGAAGCAGCAACGCAACUCAGUACUGCAUACAGACUCUGGUCUACAUCCAUUAGGGAGAAAGCCAAGGUUGAUAGGAGACCCAUGAAUUCCUUUCUCUUCCUAGGAACCUUGUUAGAUCCAGAAGGACUAUACGAUGAAGAAGUGUGCACAGCAGAUAACCUGCAGAAGUAAGUACCGCCUUGUUUGUCUGCUUAUACAAUAUAGUGGCUGCUUUUUAAAUCUGCACCACCAAUGAGUAUUGCUUUUAUAUUUUGAAUAGUGUUUUCAGUGGUGGUGGUGGGGAGGAGAGAGUGUCUCUUUCUUCGCUCUCACUCAGUAGGUUCCAGUACUCACCCUGAAGUUGUUACAGUAAGUGCCACACUUUUUAACAACAAAAAAAGAGGUGCUGGUACUGCGUACCCUUGAGUACCCCCUGAAAUAAAAGGCUUGCCGAUCAGAAGGUCGGCAGUUCGAAUCCCCGCAAUGGGGUGAGCUCCCAUUGCUUGGUCCCUGCUCCUGCCAACCUAGCUGUUUGAAAGCACGUCAAAGUGCAAGUAGAUAAAUAGGUACCACUCCGGUGGGAAGGUAAACGGUGUUUCCGUGCGCUGCUCUGGUUUGCCAGAAGCGGCUUAGUCAUGCUGGCCACGUGACCCGGAAGCUGUACAAUGGCUUCCUCGGCCAAAAAAGCGAGAUGAGCGCCACAACCCCAAAGUCGUCCACGACUGGACCUAAUGGUCAGGGAUCCCUUUACCUUUACCCUCACUUCCAGAUUGAUUUGGGGCUGAAUCCAGGGCAGGGUGACAGUUCCUGUGUUGGUCCAGACUGGAGGGCCUAGACCUCAUUUCCGUUCUACUCUGGCAUGUAGGAUUUGCCACAGUGCAAACUGACCUUUUUUUCCCUCCCCAAAAUCAAAUGCAGUAAAAUUCCACAGGCCCUAAGGCAAAAAAGUAAGCACUCACAAAGUUUGUGGUCUGUAGCACUUCUGAAAGCAAACUUCUCAUUUAUUUUAAGUCCAGUUCCUCUUGGUCUUUCAAGACACCUUGUUUGAUUGGCAUUUAAUCCCCAUGCAUAAUUGAUGUGUUGUCAAGCAGCUCUCAAAUUGUAAUGUCAUCUUUAAAAAGAAAACUUGCUGAAGAGCUUGCAAAUGAUACCCAUCUGAAAUUGCUAUUGUCAUUGACAAACUAGAUGAGGUUUAGAAUGGACUCUUGUGGAAAUCCUUCAAUAAUAAAAUUUGCCCAAGCUAUAGAAACUAAUUUAUCACCCUAUUUAUACUGGCAUCAAUAGUUCUGGAAAGAGCCCAGUAAAUUAGGCUUCCAUUAGACUUCCAGCACCAACCUCUGGAAAUCUAUUAAUAAAGUUAAGAAGCCCGCACUAUUAAAUACAUCAAUAAGAGUGACUACAUGGACCUAUUUCCUUAUUUAAAAGAUCAAUAAACACCGUUGCUACUUAGUCACAAUGUGCCUCCACCUCUGACUUGAUUAAUAGGAUACUGUUAGGGCAACUAGUGAAGAAACGGCCAUUUAAUUAAGAUAUUCACAGACCUAGGGUGGAUUGGUUGUUGGUCUCUUUCACUUAAUACCAAUCCACUAUUCAAAGGGGCGGUCACAUGCCUAUCAGUCAAGUUUUAUUGCAGGUCUAAAGCUGUCACAAUGUUGUAUACAGUCAGGUUAUAGUCUGUCAGCCCAGACAAUCUUUGGCACCAAAAGGGCAAUUUCUCAGUUCCUUAUAUUGAUUAUCAUGGUGGAUGUCACUGAGAUUGAAGUGGCACACUUUUCUGAACUACAUAAUUUUUCAGUGGUAUCGGAGAGAUGGAGUUACUUUUGUGACAGGGUGGUUUUGGAGGACUUUACAGCUACUUUUAAUACCUACUAAAGUAGAUACAGUGGGGAAGAGCAGCCUUAGCUUAGUGGUAGAUCAUCUGCUUUGUGUGCAGUUGGUCUCAGAUUCUGCCCUGGGAUCUCCCGCCCCAAACCCUGGAGAGCCACUGCCAGUUAGUAUAAACCAGUAGUGGGGAAUCUCUGGUCCAUGGGCUUAAUGGGAGCUGGCUGGCAGAGGUCCUAAUUUGGCCCAUGAGGCCAUUUCCUCAAAACCAUGCUCACCUGCCCAACACCUAAAGUCAUACAUUAUGUGGGGCAUGUAAAGAUGCAGCUUUCCCCCAACAGUGGAGUGUGGAGUGCUGCCAGUCAGCUAAUUGUCUGCACCCGCAAACCCCUGUGCCUCUUAUUGUGUGGUUGGAUUUCAAACUUCAUGAGGAAAGGGAAACUCUUCACCUGCCAUCAUGGUGCAGUCAAGAAACUGAAAGGUGGGAAGUGUCACUUCCAGGGUGCCAUAGGCAUAAUUUUCAGCUCUGUGGCAUCCAGAACCCAAGCUUCUUUCUGUUGACUGACCAGCAAAGAUUGUUUCCUCUAGAGGAGAAAAGGCGGGAACACAGGCAGGGCAGUCAAUAGAUCGGUAGAUUUUAAAUCUCAGUGGAAAUAUGUAGACACAUAUAUUUUAUGUCCUCGGGAGAAAAGCAGCUGGGGGUGGUAAUUUGAGUAUGGAUGGGGGAGAAAUUCAAUUCAGUUUGCAUUUAAAGGAGAACUUAACCUAAUUUGCAGUUUCAAAAACAACAUGGGAACUGAAGCAGCCAGCCUGGGUGGCCCCCUAGAAAGUUUCAGUCUGGUGCUCCCUUCUCAGUUAAACGCAUAGGACUGUGGUAGCACAUGUAACUCAUUGUGCAAAGGUAAAAGUCUUUCAUGGACUGGCUGGAUGCAGAAGAGUGGUGGGAGGCAGAAAUUACAAUGCGCAAAGGGAUUCCAGGCAUUCUUAAAUCCACCAUUUAUAUAAAGUAACCGCACCACAGAACACAGCCAUUUUUCAAAUUAAUAUAUUGCAGGAAAUAUGGCGAAAUGUGUUGCACACACACCAGCCACUUUUCUCAGCUUCUUGCUUAAUUUGCUAUUAUGAAGCGGAGAUAAUCUGCUGGUGUUUCAACAGAGGUCAAUUCUGUCAGAGCCACAGCUCUUUCAUUAAAAAAAUGAAAACUCCAUGAGUUUUUCCCCCUAAGCAGUCUGAAGAAUGUCUUGUCUGUGGCACUUUUGAAGACAAUUAAUUAUAUAACUGUCCAUAUUUGAACCACCAUCUUCAUAGAAAUGAACCUCCCUCUUUGCAGUUAAAAAAAAAAUGCAUCCAGGGAUCAUUGAUAAGUAUUGAUUCCUUGAUUCUGAAAUUAAUCAGAAGCAAGCUAGUGUCAAUUGACUUAGAUCUCCAGAGAUAAUACUUCAGAACAUGUUAAAACUGGAUUUUACAUUUUAAAGGUUGAUAAAGGCUGGGUAAGAAGAAUCAAUUGUAACAAUUAUUUUCAUAUGCUUUUAAGUUUCUUGAAAAGGACCCACAGGCCUUGACAACUGGUGUCUCCUUUUCUUCUGUGGAAAAAUCAAGAUUUCAUCUCUCUCAUUUCCAAAAUAAUUGAUGGUAUAGUCUGGUAAUUUUGGUGUGUGCCUUAUUCACAAAGGCCAACUGUGGAUCUUCAGUCCAAGACUACUAUUUGAAGAAUUAGCCCAUGAUUCACCACAAAUUGUCAAUAAUCCUAUGCACACUUACUUGGAAGUAAACCACAUUGCGUUCAGUGAGAUACUUCUGAGUAAACAUCUAGGGAAGUACACUGCUUUGACUGCCCCUUCCUCCAGAACUGGACAGCCAAAGAGAGGCAUGCUUUAUUGUCCAAGGAUACAAGAAUCAGAGUUCAGUGGCAGAACAUCUGCUUUGCAUGCAGAACGUCCAAGGUUCAGUCCCUAUUGUCUCUAGGUAGGAUGCAUAGCUGUCAACUUACAGAUUUGAAAAUAAGGGACCAGCAGCCUCGAAAAUAAGGGAUCAGCAGCCAAAAUAAGGGAUUUUAGUCAACCAGCAGCCAAACAAAGCCUCAAGCGGUCGUUCCCACAGCACAGCAAACUGGCAAAGGGGAUGCAGCAAGGAAAAACACCGUCACCUCUCCGCUGGGAAGCGCUGAGCAAAGGCAAGUCCCCAGGCAACGCGGCCGAUUUGAUCGGCACAAGGCAUGCAAACUCCACCCCCCCAGUUGAUCUUAGACUCCUUAUUGGGUGAGCAACGCAACCAAGCAACACAGUUGGAGCCUCCCUCCUCCCUGGCCGGCAGGGAGGGAGGGAGAGGAGCUGCUUCCUUUGAAACCCAGGAAAUUUAAGGGACAUCAUCAAUCCGGGACAGCAGCAGGAAACAGCGCUGGGAUAAGGGAGUUUCCCGCCAAAUAAGGGACGGUUGACAGCUAUGGUAGGAUGGAGAAAGAUUUAUGCCUGAAACCAGGUUUCUGACUGUCAGUCAGUGUAGACAAUCUAGCUAGAUGGACCAACUUAUAUUUUAUUUUUAAAGAAUUGUACAGUUCUCAGGAAACAUUAGGCACUUUAGAAUAACAAUAACAACAACAACAAUGCACAUGAGAUAAUUUGUUGAUAUUGGGUGUGUGAGAAUUGUAAUGUGUAUUUAUAUGCUAUUCCAUAGUUUUGUGUAAUUAGCUGGAAAUUACCGAUAUAAAAUGAAACUUCAGAAAUAGAAGAUCUCAUACCUUUGCUAUCUCCAGUAAAGCAUCCGCCACCAAAAACUGGGAACCCAUUUGAUAUUUGUUAGAACAGUGGAUGACACAGGUGUAGAUCUGACACAUAAUAAACCGUUGUGUGUGUGUGUUUUUAACCAGGACAAUGGAAAGUGAAGAAGGGCGAAAAGCCUAUAUUGUCUUUCCUACCAGCAAGACCCAUCCUUCAAGUCAGAAGGGGAGGAAGAGAGCUUUGAAGGGGAACGGGAGGCGAAUUGACUACAUGCUUUACACUGAAGAAGGACUCUAUCUAGAGUGGAAAGUGGUAAGCCCAGUCACAUAUGAACAAGCAUACUGAUAACAGUUCUGCAUGUCAGAAUUUGGGAUCAGCUGUGAUGGACAAUGCUUCUUGAUUCAAGCAGCAUUCCCCAAGGCUCACUAUGAACAGUCACCCUCUGAUGGGAUCCCAUUAUGUAUUAAGAUGCCCCUGGGAGGAUGCCCAGUUUUGUUUUGUUUUGCUUCAGCCAUACUGUAGGCAGGGCAUCAUCGUUCUAGAACUCAGAAUCAGCCAAUGAAGCUGAAUGUCAGAAGAUUCAGGUCAGGCAAAAGACAGGACUUUUUCCACACAGCACAUAGUUAAACUGUGGAAUUAGCUCCCACAAGAAGUCACAGUGGUCACCCAUAUGGAUGGCUUUAAAAGAGGAUUAGAUAAAUUCAUGGGAUACAAGGCUAUCGGCAGGUACUUGCCACGAUGGCAAUGUUCUCAUCCCACUGUUAGAGGCAGGAUUCCUCUGAAGAGCAGUUCCUGGGACCCACAGGUGGGCAGAGUUCUGUAGGUCACUAUGAGAACAGAGCACUGGACUGUUUGGGUCUUUGGCCUGAUCCAGGCUCUUCUGAUAUGUUUAUUUUCAUCUGAAACCUUAAAAGUGGUGGGGACACACACACACACACACACACACACACACACACACACACACCAUAGAGCUCUUUUUAAAAGUCAUUUCUUUUGCUGUUCCUCCACAGGAAGUGGAAGAGUUCAGUUUCAUUACUCAGCUGGCAGGCUUAACUGAUCACCUGCCUGUUGCCAUGCGCCUGAUGGUUUCAACGGGAGAAGAGGAUCCUUAA